AUGAAAUCAAAUACACCAUCCAAACCCUCACAGAGCCAGAACGAAACAAGAGUUUUCGAAGCAGAUAUUGCUAGUCUGUCUGCUUCUGUUGCAUCAACAACCUCGUCAAAUGCACUACUAUCGAAAUCAGGAAUCAACACCUCUUUUGAGUCUACCUCAGUGCAAAUCUCCGAGUCGGAUUCACGACCUUCGAGAACAGUGAUUGUUUUAGCAUUGGUAUCGUCGAUUUCGGGGUUUAUGUUUGGAUAUGAUACAGGAUAUAUAUCUUCAGCCUUGGUUCAAAUAGGGACAGACUUGUCAAAUAAAAUACUCACAAAUGGAGAAAAGGAGUUCAUUACUUCUGCAACUUCUUUGGGCGCUUUGCUAGGGGCAGUGAUAGGAGGUAUAUUGGCCAAUAUGAUUGGAAGGAAACGAGUUUUACUAGUUUCAAACGUUAUAUUUGUUGUGGGAACAAUUGUCCAAUUGGUCUCGAAAACUGUUUGGACAAUGAUUGUUGGUAGGUUUAUAUUGGGAUGGGGCGUAGGAAUUGCGUCCAUGAUUGCUCCUUUAAUGUUGUCUGAGCUUGCACCUUCAAAGUAUCGGGGCAGACUAAUUGUGACAAAUGUAAUGUUCAUCACAGGAGGUCAACUAGUUGCUUAUCUCAUAAAUUGGGGAUUAACUCGUGUUGCUCACGGAUGGAGAGUAUCUGUAGGAUUGUGCAUGGUCCCCCCCGUUCUACAGUUUGUUUUAUUUUGGUUUUUACCCGAUACUCCAAGAUAUUACGUAAUGAAAGGAGACGUGGUAAAAGCCAAGGCCGUAUUGAAAAAGAUUUAUAAUAGUCCUUCAGAGGCUUUCGUGGACGCCACGAUUGAAGAUAUGAUGAAUUCCAACUCAACUAUUUCUGGCCAUAGCCCAUUGCACAAGGCUUGGGAGUCCAUCAAAGUUGUUCACACUUCUCCCGGAAAUUUUCGUGCAUUGAUUCUCGCAUGUGGACUACAAGGUAUCCAACAAUUUACCGGUUUCAAUUCCUUAAUGUACUUUAGUGCAACAAUUUUCGAAACAAUUGGAUUUAACAAUCCAACAGCCGUGUCGAUAAUAAUAUCCGCUACUAAUUUUGUGUUUACUGGAAUAGCACUUUGUAUCAUUGACAGGGUAGGCAGAAGGAGAAUUUUACUUGUCGGGAUGCCGUUUACAAGAGGCAUAAAUGGAUGGGGGAUUGUUGUUAUUAUUGGUAUGAUUUUAUAUGUGGCAUCUUACGCAGUUGGAAUAGGUAAUGCGGCAUGGGUUGGUGUUGAAUUAUUCGCAGAUGUGAAUGUUCGGUCUAUUGGUGCAAUGUAUGCAACAGCUACAAAUUGGGCAGGAUCCUUAGUGAUUGCGUCUACUUUUUUGACCAUGUUGCAAAAGAUUACACCCACGGGAACGUUUUCAUUUUUUGCAGGUUUAUGCUUAGUUUCAUUCUUUUUUGUGUAUUUCUUAUUACCAGACACAGCUGGUUUAGAGUUGGAGGAAACUACAAACUUUUUAGCUAAUGGUUUCAACGUGAACCAAUCCAUUGCAUUAUCGAAAGCACGAAAGAAGCAAUCCAAAUAUGCAAAACCUGUUUCUGCAUGA